AUGCAAUUCAAAUGCUCUCCUCUGGUGACCGAUAAAACAUGGGCAACCAUGACUAUCAAUAGCUUUGCCAAAGGCGGAGAUAGUGGAGCAGAGUCGCAAUGUGACAGCAAAUUCCAUAGUGAUAAGGAAUUGGUUGUCGCAUUUUCCUCCGGGUGGUAUGAUGGUGGUAGUCGGUGCAAUAAAAAGAUCAAGAUCAAUGCAAAGGGUAAGUCUGUAUUGGCCAAGGUGGUUGAGUGUGAUUCUGUGAAUGGUUGUGAUGAAGAACAUGACUUUCAACCUCCUGGUCCUAACAAUAUUGUUGAUGCUUCACCGGCGGUGUGGAAGGCUUUAGGGAUCACCGGAGAAGAUGUUGGUGAAUUGGAUAUCACUUGGAAUGAUGCUUGA